AUGCCUCUCAAUGGAGUUAAGAAUGUCGUCCUGGUUCUCUCAGGAAAAGGCGGCGUCGGCAAAUCCUCCGUAACCCUCCAACUCGCCCUCGCCCUCUCCCUCCAAGGCAAAUCCGUCGGCAUCCUUGACAUCGACUUGACCGGCCCUUCAAUCCCAAGAUUAGUCGGCCUCGAAGGCGCGAAGAUCACGCAAGCCCCCGGUGGUUGGUUACCGGUGACUGUCCACGAUGCUGCCCACGGCACCGCAACAGCACAAGAAGGACAAACUGCGCAGACGCAAGAAAGAAGUGGAAAUGAAAGUAAACGAGGCUCCCUCCGUUGCAUGUCCCUAGGCUUCCUCCUGCGCGAUCGCGGCGACGCAGUGAUUUGGCGCGGUCCCAAGAAAACAGCCAUGAUCCGCCAAUUCCUGGCAGACGUGCACUGGGGGGAAACGGACUACCUGCUCGUCGACACACCACCCGGUACAAGCGAUGAGCACAUCGCGCUCGCAGAACAACUCCUCACGCUCUCCACGACGGAUCCGCGCAUCGCGGCUGUCAACCCUGCUCUCCCAAGACUGGCCGGUGCGGUGCUUGUCACGACGCCGCAGGCGAUUGCGACGUCUGAUGUGCGGAAGGAGGUGAAUUUCUGUGUGAAGACGAAGAUUCCGACGCUGGGGGUUAUUGAGAAUAUGUCUGGGUAUGCGUGUCCGUGUUGUGGGGAGGUGAGCAAUUUGUUUUCGAGUGGGGGUGGCCAGAUUAUGGCGCAGGAGAUGGGGGUGAGGUUCUUGGGGAUUGUGCCGGUGGAUGUUAAGUUUGGGGUGUUGAUUGAGGGGGAUGUUGUGGAUGGUGGGAGUGAUAGUGAGGGAGAGGAGGAGGGUAAGACGGAGAAGGAGGUUGAAGAAAGAGAGCCUGACAACCGGCCGCUGGUUGAGAGGUACAAGACGGAGUGUUACUCGUAUGCGAAGUUUGAGGAGUUUGCGAAGACGUUAAUAUCUGGGAUUGAGGCUACGGCGUGA